UCCAACCUCGCACGGAGCCACCCCCUUCCAAGGUCACGCCGGACGAAUCGGAGCGCGCUCGCGAGCGUUCAAAGUUAAUGUCGCGUCUGUGCGGUGCUCACGCGUUUGGGUUCUAGUGCGCCAGUGGAGCUUGGGCUUUAGCUGCAUCCGAUCCAGUCGAGCCAUAAGAUGCCCCACGAACGCAGCUGAAUCUAGUCGCCAGGGAUCAGGGAUGUCUACCGUAGAGGACGAGAUCAGCACUGCUGAUACUGAAGAUGCACUCAUCAAGGGUUCGAGACACAGCUCGGAGACGAUCAGCACGACGGAGCGCAAGCACAAAACGAAAUGCGCCCCCAUCUGCUUCAUCGUCACUUCCGCCUUCCUCUGCCUCUGGGGCAUCUCCAGUCUCAUCUGGACCCCGUUCUACAUCCUCAUGCGCGAACGCCUGCGGAUGACUCCGGGCCUGCCCGCCUACGAGUGGUGGAAAAACCCCCCCGAUGAAGUCCUCUUCAAGACUUACAUCUUCAACGUAACCAAUUCCGAAGAGUUCCUAAACAACACCGACACCAAACUCAACCUAGCCGAAAUCGGACCUCUCGUGUUCAUGGAAAAAUUGACACACACCAACGUAACCUUCAACGAAAAUGGCACCAUGACAUACGUGGCGACGCGCAAGGCCAUUUUCCUGCCCGAAAUGAACAACAUAGACUUAAACGCGACCAUUAUAGUGCCCAACUGGGCUCUUUUGGGGAUAGCGUCGUACUUGGCCGACCAGAGCUUGUUCGUCAAGUUGGCCUAUAAUCUGCUGACGAGGUCGGUUAAACCGCAGCAGUUCGUCAAAGUGACCAUUAACCAGUUCUUGUGGAACUUCACGGAUCCUUUGAUGGAGGCAGCACAUAAGGUGUCGCCGUAUUUGGUGCCGACGAAGAAUUUGGGGGUUUUGUCGAGGAUUUACUCAAACUUCACCAAUACAGUGACAGUCUACGUGGGGACAAAGCACGGUGACAAAAAAUUUUUCCUUAUCGAUAAGUACGACGGCUCUUCAGAUAUUCCCAACUACGGGAACACUUGUGCGGAUAGAGUCUCAGGGUCGUCCGAGGGCGUUGCUUACCCGCAGUUCAUCACGAAGAACACGACCAUUAAAUAUUGGAGAAAAACUUUCUGCAAGAUGGCUGUUCUCCGAUUUAAGAGAAACGAAUUCAAAUACGGCCUGAAUGCGUUUCGGUUUGAUCUCAUCGACUCCAUCUUUAACCGAACCAAACCGAGGAAGGCCGACUGCUACCAAGGAACGCCGGCGCUCAUCGACGGGCUAUCGGACAUUUCCAAAUGUCACUAUGGGUUUCCCUUAGCUACAAGUUUUCCUCAUUUUCUGUACGGAAGCGAGUCCAUACACUCUUUGGUGACUGGUAUGAAGCCGAACCACACCUUACACGAGUCCUAUUUAAUCGUUGAACCUACUACGGGAGUGCCACUGGAGUCCAACGCACGCUCUCAGAGUAAUCUAGUCGUGAAAAAAUUAACCGGAUUCAACGAGCUUGUGACGCCUUUCAGCGACACCGUCAUUCCAAUGUUUUGGAUUGAAUAUAAACAAAUGGGGCUACCUUGGUACAUAGUCAGCUUGGUCUACUUCCAAGUCAACGUCCUCCCAAUUUUCCAGACGAUUCUCACGUCGUCUCUACUAGUCGGAAGUGCGAUCUUCAUUUACCUUUAUAUUAAACACAAGAGAAAGCAGCAGCUGCUCGAUAAUAAGACUCUAGUGUUUGAGAAAGAACUGUUCAUCAGUAAACCGUAGUUUAGGUGACAUUGCAUCAACAAUCCGUAGUUUAACGAUGAUCACGCAGUAUUCUAGUAUUGCUCAAUUAUUUUAUAAGAAGUGUCAUUUUCUAACGGGAAAUUUUUCACAUUGUUCAUUGUAGUUGUUGUAGGUUUAAAUUUAAUUAUAGACCAAAGUUUCUCAUUAAAUGUGAUACUUUUUGUUAGGCGAGGUUGGCAGCAACGGAGCGGUUGGUGCGCCUGCAGCGAUAGUCCAUUUCUAGUUUAAUUUUGUACAAUAAAAUAUGACAUGUAUUUAUAUCGAA